GCUGCCAGGAAGCCUAUCUCAGGCAACCUAUAUUCUCUGCGCCGCCUGUCUGAGGGUGUUUUGCCAAUAUGCUCCCAAUCGGAAGCUUGAUUUGGGUGUCCCUUCGUCCAUUAUUACGGCUAGUCAUAUGUGUCGGGUGUGGCUUUAUUCUCACCAAGACUGACGUUUUCCCCGUCGUCGCGGCUAGAGGUGCCGGCCAACUUAUGCUCAAUGUUGCUUCUCCAUGUCUCAUGUUCUCCAAGAUCGUCCCCGCAUUCACCUCUGAUAAUAUUGGCGCCCUAGGACCUUUGGUCCUUGUUGCAGUGCUAUACCAGAUUCUGGGUUUCGUCUUUUCAUUCUUGAUCAAGCAAUUCUUCUGGGUACCACACCGCUUUCGAUAUGGAAUAUAUGUCGCUGGUGGCUGGGGCAACUAUGGAGACAUCCCUACGUCCGUGAUCAUGAGUAUGGCUGGUGCAGCUCCAUUUGGUGGCGUUCAUGACCAGAACUUGUCGAUCGCCUACAUAUCCGUCUUCAUUUUAGUGUUCUACAUCACUCUUUUCCCUAUGGGCGGACACAUAUUAGUCGCGAAAGACUUUGUGGGGCCCGAAGUCGAGGACGAGGAAAUGCGCGAGCUGACACGCCUAAAACGCAAGGCAUUGUUACGUCAAUGGAAGCAUCUCCCUUCUAUCUUGCAUCGGCGUGCCACUCUCGGACGCCAAAAGGACGACCCCGAGGCUCCAUUCCAAUCAGCAAAUCCUUCGAUCAGUGAAAAGAGCAUAGCUGAGGCGUUCCAACAGGACCCUUCCUCGACUGGCGUCGAAUUCAUUCGGCCAUCCGCUCCUUCAGCCGCUAAACAUGUCACUUUCCAUGACUACGAUACUCAGGUUGCGACUCCUUCAAUCACCGAAGUCGAGAUCUCGAGAGUGGCCUCUCCAGCACCUUCGCUCACACAUGCUGAUACGGUGACCCAGGUAGAAGUUGAACAUACAGACAACAAGGAUAACUCUGCAACUGACGUCACAAAUACGUCUGGCUCAUCCCGCCCUGCCAAAAACAAACGUCUUCGUGCCUUUCUAUCUUCCCUCAUAAACCCACCUUCUAUAUCCAUCAUCAUCGCAUUCCCAGUCGCACUCAUAACACCGCUCAAAGCCCUCUUUGUUCCCGUUUCCAACUCCCCAAUUCCAAACGCACCCGAUGGGCAACCCCCAUUAGCCUUCAUCCAAGAUGCUGCUGCCUUCAUUGGAGCAGCAGCAGUGCCUUUAGGCUUGAUAUGCCUAGGUGCCGCGUUGGCUAGGUUGAAAGUUCCGAUGAAUCAGUGGAGAACACUUCCAUUGGGUGCCAUCAUGUCUUUGGCAGUCGGAAAGCUGAUUAUCACGCCAAUCUUGGGAGUCCUCAUCUGCCAGGGAUUGACAAAAGCCGGUGUUAUCGAUCCAACGGAUACUGUACUUCGAUUCGUUUGCAUAUUUUUCUCAUGUCUGCCCACUGCGACCACCCAAGUGUACCUCACGCAGGUAUACUCUGGUACAGGAAGCGCUGAACAUAUUUCCGCCUUCCUAAUCCCUCAAUAUGCCCUCAUGUUUGUCUCAAUGAUUGUACUCACUGCAUUCUCCAUCAACCUCAUCUUCUGACAUUCCUCCGCCAAACAACGCCGACAUGCAUGCUCUGAAGAGCUUGUACGAUAAUAUAGGCUAUAAUCCUAGAGUUCCGACAUGUAGACGAUGACUGUAACUGGUACAAAAGCUAGACGAUACACUUUCAAUAGAAUUAUAGAGUUGUUGCUUACCACCAUUACCUAUGGGUUAUCCUCAAUAAAUAUCCGUUCUACGGCCUUCCAAAAUGC